AUAAAAUGGCAUGACUGAUAAUAAUUUACCAGUUAUUUUUUUUUCAUUCUUAGUGCAGCCGUUCAAAAAGUUUCUUAUAAUGAAUCAAGCAAGACGUGUAAGAACUUACAAUAACCACCAAAAUCGAGCGGCGUUAUUUACUGGUGCAUCUGCCUCAGGAACCAGCCCAGCUUUAAGAACCAAUACACCUUCUUCUAAUUAUACUUCAACAAGUCCACAUUUAGAUUUAGAAAGUCAAAAUGACGAAAAAAUUGAAGGUUUGACGGGAAAAGUAAUGAUAUUUAAAGAGAUUGCAUUGAGCAUAGGUGAAAGUGUAAAAGAGUCAAAUAAUCUUAUUUCAACUAUGUCAGAUGAAUAUUCUGGGACAAGCUCAUAUAUUGGUGGUACUAUGGAUAAGUUAAAACGGUUAUCAAAUACUCAAAGUAGUCAUUUCACGUGGUGGUUAAUUUUUCUUGUUUUGAUAACAUUGAUAUUUUUCUAUUAUAUUUUUUUUCGAUGAGUUUAUUUGAAUUAAUAAUUUAACGUAUUUUUAGUAAUUUAACUAUAUAGAAUUACAUUAGAAGAUAAAACUAAUUAAUUUAUAUGUAAUUAAAAGGAAUAUUUACAAAGAACAAUUUUAAUUUAAAUAAUUUAAAUUAAAAAACGAGAAAAAUUUAUAA